AUGGCACCUGUUUACAUGGCAUUUCUUCGUUUUAUGGGUGAUGAGAAUGAGGCUCGGAAUUAUAGCUAUAGCCUAGAGGUUGGGGCCAAUGGUAGAAAACUCAUCUGGGAGGGUACGCCACGGAGUGUUCGAGAUAGCCACCGUAAAGUGAGGGAUAGCCACGAUGGGCUCAUCAUUCAAAGAAAUAUGGCUCUAUUUUUCUCUGGUGGGGACAGAAAGGAGCUGAAACUCAGAGUUACAGGAAGAAUAUGGAAGGAGCAACAGAAUUCUGAUGCUGGUGUGUGCAUGCCAAAUCUCUGUAGUUGA